UUGCAGCUCGCUGGCAUGAACGUGCGUGUUUCAUAAACCUCUAAUAAAUUGUGACGUGUGAAAAUUCGACAAAAUGCACAUCUCAAGUGAAGUGAGUUCCACCACGAAUCAUCAGCAGCCACCACCCGCUAGCGCCACGCCGUCGAAACGUAACGCCACCAGUGCUAAUAACAACACGAAUAACAAUAACAACAACAAUAACAAUAGUGUAAAUAACAAUAAUACGAGCGGUAGUAAUAAGAAAGUCAUUGAUACGAGCCCAUAUCUAACACCUGAGAAUCUCUUCGAGCGUACUGUCGAUGUGCUGCUGGCCGAACAUCCGGGGGAAUUGGUGAAGACCGGCUCACCGCAUGUGGUUUGCACAACGCUGCCCACGCAUUGGCGCUCGAACAAAACGCUACCAAUUGCCUUUAAAGUGCUCGCCUUGGGCGAGGUAAUGGACGGAACGAUUGUAACAAUACGAGCGGGGAAUGAUGAGAACUUUUCAGCGGAGUUGCGGAAUUGUACGGCCGUUAUGAAAAAUCAAGUGGCUAAAUUCAAUGAUUUGCGCUUCGUUGGACGCAGUGGACGUGGCAAAAGCUUCACCCUGAGCAUUGUGAUAUCGACCAAUCCCAUACAGAUCGCCACCUACAACAAAGCGAUCAAGGUGACUGUGGAUGGUCCGCGAGAGCCACGCUCCAAGGUGCGACAUCCAGGUUUUCAUCCGUUUGCCUUCGGACCGCAGCGUUUCGGACCGGGUGAUCCGUUAAUGGGUGGACUGCCUUUUAAGUUUCCAGGUUUCGCACAUCACCUCGUCGGCAUGCAUAGUCACUUACAUGCACCCGAUUGGCGGGCGUUGAGUAACCCAGCAGCUUUAGCGCGGCCGGGCUUCGCACACGGUGCAGCUUUCUUUCAUCAUCAGCAUCCCGCUUUCCAGGCGCACAACAUCGCUGGCAAUUUGGAACGGCAUGGAUUGAGGGCGCUAAACGAAACCCAUCCUCAUCUAACACAACUGCGUCAAUUAUCAACUGUUGGUACAGCACAUAGCACUACAAGCCCCGAGGGUUCGCCGACAACCACAACAAUUAAUUUGGGCACACAACCGACAUUAACCAUAUCGCCGCCUUUAACCACCACAAACAGUGAUAACGAUAACAAUAACAAUAUAGAUACGGGUUUCGAAAGCGAUAGCAUUUCGGUGACGGGUUCGUCCAAAAAGACCUCCUCUUUGCACGAAGACGACGAUGGACGUAGCACUUCACCGCCUUCGAAUAGCGGUUCGGCCAGUGGUGGUGGUGCCUUCACUUCGCUCAUACAACGAAACGAAACGCUGCGUAAGAAUGAACUUCUCAAUGGUUUCGCUUCACAAUUCUCCCCCACCGCAAAUAGUUUCAAUCCCGCUUUGGCGGCACAGCUUUUCCUACAGAGUCCGCUUUUGCCGCAACCAAGUCAAUGGCUAUAUACGCAAUUAUAUGGCAACUACAGUGAGUUUCCUUGGUUCCGAGGCACCGGUAAUGCUGUUGGCGAUGGCCUUACGCAAUCUGUACCCGGUGCGCUGGCAGCCGAAGUGCCGAGUGUAACGAAUCUUACAGCCACGGACGUAGCUAGCGAUGGUGUUGAUUUGGUAAAGCGUUGUGUAACGCUAGUCUCUCAUUCACCCGGUGUGGAGAAUGCGAAUCCGAAUGCUUCACCGCCCGUAACCUCAACGCGACACUCACCACCGCUGGUCGAGACCAUCGAUCUGGACGAUGUGAGCACCACAUCACGUACUGAACUGUGGCGUAGCGAGUUCGGUCCUAUACGUUGCCGUACACCUAGAGCGACGGAUGUGUGGCGUCCAUACUAGCGGCUGCGUAACGCCAUGGUGACGGCGUUGGGCUUAAAUGUGCUCGUAGAGCAAAAAGAUGAGACUCGCGAAGAACUCUUGCUCGACACGAAGCAGUGAUAUUGAGUUUAUUAGGGAGGGAAAUGGAGCCGUGCUGGAAAAAAAGUGAAUUCAAGGAAGUACAGUUAGUUUUCAUAUGUCAGACGGACGAAUGUUGACGAGGGGGCGAGAUUUUAAACUAAUUUCAUUUAAAAUAAAUAUGUAAUUGAAAAGGUCUAGGCAUGUACUCUCUCAGAGUAUGAAAAUGGGGGAAUAGUUUAACGUUUUAUAAAACGAAGAAAAUCACAUAUCGAAUUUAUUAAAGAAAGUAAUGUAAAAUCAAUAUAAACAAAUUAUAUUACAGUUAUUAUUAAGAACAUAAUCAAAAUUUCACUCUAACUGUUGAGUUAAGUCCUAAGUUUAAGCAUAUUUGAGUCAUGUGUAUAUGUAAAGUUUAUUAUGUUUUGUAACUGUAGUUUAGUAUGCAUACAUACACAUUUCAAGUAGUACAUACAUGUGGUAUAUGUACAGUUAUACGAUAUGAGUAUAUAUGUAAAAAUUUUAAAUUAUAUCGAUUUCAUAAGUAUGUCAUAGUGUAGUAAGCUGCUGGAUAAUCCCAGUUUGCUAUAAGCAAUAGUUUAAGAUAUUCUGUUGAUAUUUAUAAAAAAAUAAAACUCAAAAGAUCCAAUAAAUAUAUAAACUUCAAGCAAGCCCCAUUCUAAAGA